UUUAUUUCCUCAGAAGUGUUUAAUAAAACUGGUAAACUGUCAAAGUUUUCACUUUCAAUUUUAAAAUAUUAAAUGAUAAAAAAGUGUAAGGACCAUAAACGUUUUAUCUUUGAUGUAUGAUAAAAACCAAAUACUCGCAAUGCAUAUAUUACUCAAUUAAAAAACUGAAGAAGAAUUUUUGGAGUGAUGUAUGGGUACAUUUUGUUUGAGUUCAUUCACAUAUUUAAUCAGGUUUACCAGAAAGCUUAUAGUAAAACUCACAGUAGAUUGGAAGACACAGAACAACAGCUGUGAAUUUAAAAUUUAAAGUCAUGCUGCACAUUUACAAACUACAGGUGAUAAGAGAAUUGGGAAGUGUGCGAGUAUACAAGCCGAGGGGGAGGUCAUUGAUGGGUCCAAAGCCUUUAGCUCCUUUUCUAAUGCAUCUAAGGUCGCUGAUUAAGUUCAGCACGCUGGCCAGUUCCCCGUGCCCUCUAGUAGUCUCUAUUGGCUUAAAGGAUGGAGUCCGGAAGGACGACAUCAUCUGUUCUUUGUAUUAAUCAUUACAAUUCCACAACCCGGGGUGAAGACUGAGAAGCAGAGACAGUACAUUAAACAUCGCUGUUGCUGACUUUUGGGGUGUCUUAUUUGGUUUGUGGGGUUCCUAGUCCUUCCCUCAGAUACUACAUGUUGGAAGGGCUGAACUGGAGAAAAUACACUGACUUCUUCUAGGGACUGAAAAAAGCUUCACUGACGGGGAGGGGCGCUUGAUUUCUACUUAAAUAGCUGAACUUCAUGAACCGUACAUCGAUUCACUCAAACCUGAUGCAUUUGUACUUUACAGUGGACACAUGUGGUGGCAUAGGUUGUUGGAAUAGAGGUUUACAGAGGUGAGAAAAACACACUGCCUGCCCUUCCCACUGCCCCUUCCUAGUCCCCACACUCCAGAUGGGAAGUCUGAACUAGAAGAUGGACUUUUUCUUAAAAGUAACAUCUCACUAAAUUCCUCUUAGUGUGACCUCUGGACGCAUGCAGAAAGCCUGCUUUCCGCUGGUCAGAAGUUACCGUUGGCUUCUGUAUUUUCCCUCCCCACCCCCGGGGGUAAAAACUUUUUGUCCCCGGGAGGGGAAGAGAGGUCGAAGCAAGGAGAGGUGAUCUACAUAGCAGAGGGGGCAAGGAAGAUUGGGGGGGGGGGGAUAAGGGUAAAAAGUAGUGGAGCUCUGAGGCUUUGGGGGCGCUCCGCGCUUUCCCCCUCUAGGCCUUUGCGGUCGCCCUCUCCGCCGCGGACACUGGAGAGUUAAGCCAAUAAACACGUAAGCGCCGCUCGCUCCCCAAUCGGCAAGAUGCCUCUCCGGCUCUUGGCUGCAUCGACAGCUUGCAACACUCGGCAUCUUUCCUGGAGGCGCCUCCUUCAGCGGCUGCAGAUGGCAUCCGGCUGCGGGCUCCGGGCUCGCAAUUGAUUCUCGCCCUUGCCCACCUCGGGUGCACACACGCACCUCUCCCUUCUCCUCCUCCCCUCGCGCUCCUGGGUCUGCGCUCAGCUCGCGCUCGCCGGCGGAGGAAGCAGUCGGCGGCGACCGAAGCUGAGCAGCUGUGCUCGCUCUCUCUGACCUAGGAAGAAGCGCCUACCGGGACAGCCGACCCUCGGCUGCCUCCAGCGCCCCCCAUCUUUUGCACCCCAAGCCGAGGACUCCGGGGACCCUCCUCUCCCAGGCGCCACCAUGCUGGACCCUUCGUCCAGCGAAGAGGAAUCGGAUGAGAUCCUGGAAGAGGAGAGCGGCAAGGAGGUGCUGGGCUCGGCCGCGUCCGGAGCGCGCCUGUCUCCAAGCCGCACCAGCGAGGGCUCGGCGGGCAGCGCCGGCAUGGGGGGCAGUGGCGCCGGGGCCGGGGUGGGCGCCGGCGGCGGUGGGGGUAGCGGCGCGAGCAGCGGCGGCGGGGCCGGGGGGCUGCAGCCCAGCAGCCGCGCCGGCGGCGGCCGGCCCUCCAGCCCCAGCCCGUCGGUGGUGAGCGAGAAGGAGAAGGAAGAGUUGGAGCGGCUGCAGAAGGAAGAGGAGGAGAGGAAGAAGAGGCUGCAGCUGUACGUGUUCGUGAUGCGCUGCAUUGCCUACCCCUUCAACGCCAAGCAGCCCACCGACAUGGCUCGGCGGCAGCAGAAGAUCAGCAAACAGCAGCUGCAGACUGUCAAGGACCGAUUCCAGGCUUUCCUCAAUGGGGAGACCCAAAUCGUGGCAGAUGAAGCCUUUAUGAAUGCUGUCCAGAGCUACUAUGAGGUGUUUCUCAAGAGUGACCGUGUGGCCCGCAUGGUACAGAGUGGGGGCUGCUCAGCCAACGACUCUCGGGAGGUCUUCAAGAAACACAUCGAGAAGAGGGUACGCAGCCUACCUGAGAUUGAUGGCCUCAGCAAGGAGACUGUGCUAAGCUCCUGGAUGGCUAAGUUUGACGCCAUCUACCGUGGUGAGGAGGACCCCAGGAAGCAGCAAGCCCGGAUGACAGCCAGUGCAGCUUCUGAGUUGAUUCUGAGCAAGGAACAGCUCUAUGAGAUGUUCCAGAACAUUCUUGGGAUCAAGAAAUUUGAACAUCAACUCCUAUAUAAUGCGUGUCAGCUGGACAAUCCAGAUGAGCAGGCAGCCCAGAUCAGACGAGAGCUGGACGGACGUCUCCAAAUGGCAGACCAAAUAGCCAGGGAACGCAAAUUUCCUAAGUUCGUAUCCAAAGAAAUGGAAAAUAUGUACAUCGAGGAGCUGAAGUCCUCCGUCAACCUACUCAUGGCCAACUUGGAGAGCAUGCCGGUGUCCAAGGGUGGAGAGUUCAAGCUGCAGAAACUGAAACGCAGUCACAACGCGUCCAUCAUUGACAUGGGUGAGGAGAGCGAGAACCAGCUGUCCAAGUCGGAUGUCCUGCUGUCCUUCUCCUUGGAGGUUGUCAUCAUGGAAGUCCAAGGCCUUAAGUCCUUGGCUCCAAACCGAAUCGUGUACUGCACAAUGGAGGUGGAGGGUGGAGAGAAACUUCAGACUGAUCAAGCAGAGGCUUCUAAACCAACGGCAAAGGAAUGACUCCAGGGACCCGAACCACGAGAGCUGAAUCUUCAUGUAACCAGGAUCAGCAAGUCUCAGCAACCACUCAGGCAGCUGGCACACUCUUGUAGCAUCCUGUAGAAAAAACACAAACAUUCCCUCUUCCCCAUAUAAUAUAUCUGGACAGGAUCAUGUCAAUAUGUGGAUCUCUCUAUUUCACCUAGGCAGAAGUAUGCCUAGUUGUAGGGUGCCAUAAACUUUGGCAUCCAAAUUUUAAAAUUGAAAUAAAAGGAGCAUUAUUUAGCAUACAGGGAUAACUCCCCCUAUUUAUUUAUUAAGAUAUAGUAAGGGUAUUAUUUAUUAAGGUAAGUCCUCGAGGAUUAAAUUGAGGACACUGAGCACUUGUAUUUAUAAAUUGACUUGUAUACCAAAUUAUUGUCUCCAGCAUUAUUGUUUUGGAUAUAUAAAGAAUGAGAUUUUUUGACUAAUUGUUCCUAUGUAAGGCCUAUAAUCUGUCUGGUAUCAUUGUCCUCCCUUGCUAAAGAGCCCAGGCAAUCCAGUUUGAGUUCUUAAAUGUCCUAUAAAGGAACAGUACUUAGUGCUCUUAACCACUAAGCCAUUUCUCUAGCACCUCACAAACUUUAUUUACCUAAACAUAAGCAUUAAUUAGAAAUGUCAAAUCUUGUAAAUAUUGUCCAAUUUCAGUCUUACUAGAAAUCCCUGAGCUGGCAGGGUGAGGCUGGGAGUUGAAAAUAAGCAAAUGGAGUCUUCCUCUUUUCAUGAGGGUGUGUUAUCAACUCCAUUACCAUUUUUAAAGAGCUGGGUCUAUGGUUUUGUUUAGUUGUCUGAGCCAGAGCACUGAAAGGACAGUGAGUUGUCAGACAAUUUACACUGAAAUCACUCAUUUUUAUUAAGUAGAAAACCUGUCUCUAAUAAAGCAUUAAGUAAUUGAAAUCAAUUGUAAACCACAAGCCACACAUUGGCUAUCAGUAUGUCAAUUGAAAGCUUGAUUUUUUAACAUUUUAAAAACAGUGGCUAUAGCACGUAAUUUAAUAAUCUGUGUUGAAGCAAUAGAAACUCAAGAGAAUAAACAAGUGAUCUAAUCAUAUAUGUAGCCUUUUCAUUAGAUGAACCACCUAUAAAUACAGUAAGUGCAUUUCCUAUGGGUUGUAUGCACAAAUAUACAGGAAGUACAAAAGCAUGUAAAGAGUAAAAUUAUCAAUUUUGCCUGAAAAUUUUGUAUAUGUAAUAGGCCAAAUAUCAGUAUUUUGUAAUAACCAAUAAACUGUUGUUUGGAAUAAGAUAUGUUUCACCAGGUUUCUUUUUUAAAAUACUUCCAUGACUCUAGUCUACAAUUCUGUAUUAACACAGCUGAAGCUUUAUCUCCAAUGUGCAUAACAAAGACCUAAGUCCUCUGGUAGAGUGAGGUACUUAGCCAAUUAACAUAUCCUUAGAAGCUUAAAAUUAGUUUCAAAUAUUCUUUUCUGGAGUAGUGUAACAGCUACUCCCCAAAUAUUAAAGCUCAUUUUGAGAGCAAAGGUUAGUAGUAAAAAUUUCCAUAUACACUGAAAGAUUUAAGUUCUAACUUCUUACAUUGAAGAAGCAACAAAAAUUACCUAAUACAAGGCUGUUAGCAAUCCUCUAAAUCUAUCUUCAAAUGGCAGUUGGAGUAAGUAAACUGGCUGUAAUGUUCUCACAAGUUCCAAAACCUCAUCAAUCCUUCGUAAAUCUUGUAACAGUCUCUACCUGUUUGAUUUUUUCUUAAUUAAAAAUAAGUUUGAGUUAGUCAAUGUAACACUGGCAAUCCUAAAUCACAAUCCUUAAAUUCUCUUUGUAACAACAGAGCACAACCACAAGGUCACCUGAGUUCUGAGUAGUGACUAGGCAGCUGUCCUUGGGGCAGUGGAAUUAGCAUCAAAAUACAGAUAGCUUCAGGGCAAACGACAACUUUGGAAAGCAAAACUCGAUAGGCAGCUGUUCUUGGGGCAGUGAAAUUAGCAUCAAAAUACAGAUAGCUUCAGGGCAAACCACAACUUUGGAAAGCAAAACUCAACCUCCAACAAUCUAGUACAAAGUUUGACUGCCAAUUUCUAUAUAUGAACACACGAUGGCGUAGUCUCUAGUACCUCAACAAAGAGACAUUGUCCUAAAUUCUUUUAGAAGCCUGGUUUCUAGAAUAAGAAUUCCAUAAAAAUAUUAUCUCAAUUUAGAUCUGUUUCCCUGGGUUGGCUCAUGCCACAUGUUGUCUAGAAUGACUCGAUCCAAAUUACCAGCUUUAUGUCAACUUUCUGUUACCAAUAUUAUACCUUUUUAACCAUAUCCAAUAACUUAAAAGCCAACAAUCUAUGACCAAGGCAAGUAGAGCAUAUUUACACAUUUAAAACCAAUCAGAAACAAAAUUGAAGUGGCUACACAUAUCUUUAAUAUUUAGACCAAACACCAUUUUUACCUUUUUAGCUAUGAUUUUAAGAGAAGCACCUUGUCACCUGUUGAGUCAAAUAAUAAGUCAGGGAUUUCUCUAAGAGAAACAGCUCUCAGCUCUUGUACCAAAGAAGCUGAGAAGCUGCUGGCGGCUUUAAGAUCAGCUCGUGCAGACGCUUAGCCUCCGGGCAGCUUCUCCAGCUAACCUAGACUCCUGGCUGUAGGUGCAGGGCUCUAAAGGCCUGAUUGAAACUGUUUUUUAUUCAUUUGUUCCCUUCUUGAAGCGAGUUAAAACCAAGUCAAGGUGUGAACGACCAGCAGAUAAAGUUUUUACCAUUUUUUCUUUUGAACAUGAAACAUAAAACAUUUAAGCAGCAAGAAACAAAAACCACAGACAUAAACUGACAGACAUGGGGAUAGCUUAGUGCACCAAGGACAGACAAUAGACAAAGAGGGAAAAAACCAGAUGGUGUUCACGGUGACUAUCCACUCGAGUGGAGUCGAUAUGGACGAUGGAUUGUCUCAAUUCCUGGACUAAUCCAUCAACGUGUUGAAAUCCAAUUCCUGUAAGAUACUGAGAUAUAUUACGAGAUAUCUGAGCAGCACAACUGACAUUCACAAAUGGUAUGGAAGUGAAACACAGUCCUGAGUAUUUCCACUCACAACCCAAUUACAUUAACUCCAUCAAGCUGUGCAUGGGCAUUGAGAUGUCCUUUUGUUUUAUUCUCCUGAAUAAAUUUUCAGGCGAUCUGCCUCUAUCAAGUCUAAUCAGUAUGACUCUGCAAAGCUUAUAGAGCCUGAUCACACCUUUUACCAGCACAAAGACAAAAUUUUUCUCCCAAAAUACUGUGUUCCUUUUAUCUCCUUUUCUUUUCGUUUUUUCUUUAGAGACCUUUUCUCCCUCCGACAUACUUUCUUGUUGCUCUGUAAGGACCCUCUGACCUGUCCUAACGGCUGUAACGGCUUCCCACACAAAGAAAAAAAUAAACAAAAUUACCAGCCUUGUCCACAAAGGAUCCAUAAGUUUCGGUUUCUUCACAGUGGCUCUCCACCUAGGCCCAUAUCUUUCUUCUUCAUAGCGAGCUGCCUCAUCUUCUAAAUCCUCUUCCUCAGAGGAGCCAAACUCGUCUGUUUCUGAACUAUCAAGCCCCAAGACCUCUAACUCCUUUACCGGAUAAAGGCUUUUUUUUCGGGGUUUUCUCCUCCUUUCCCUGUUUAUUUAAUUUAAUCUUAGCAGGGGGCCCCCUUUUUUAUUCAGGGUCCCUCACUCAGUAGCCGAGGUGGCCACUGUCCCCGGGGUGUCCUUUCCCCAUACUAUCACCUCUGAAUGUGGUAAGACCGCAGAGGGGCCUGGUGCUUGAGAUCGAUCAGUAUCAUUUUUUUUCGUUGCAACCUUUCACUACACUCCGUUUCUGACAUGCUUUCCUGAAUUUCGUCCAGGGCCUCUUGGCCUGCCGCUAUUAUAGGACGAAAAAUGUCUUCACCUAAACAAUGCUUGCCCAUCUGCCAAAUUCCUAACGUUCCCGGCCUCAGACUACCAUGUAAUAGAGGCCUCAACAGCACCCUCAGCAGAAGGAGAAAGAUAUGAUAGGUCAAGACCAAACAAUUCGGAAAUUAUCAUGUCUCUCGGAGCUUACCUCAAUUCCUACAGCUUCUGGACCCUUUCCGUGAAUGGAGGCCCCCCUUGGCGCCGGCGAUGAUGAGGCGUUUGUCCCGGGUACUCGGCACCAAAUGUCCCACGCGCGACCUCUCGCCGGCAAGAAAACACGCGGGGACAUAAGAGUCCUUGCUGUAUCAAAAACUUUUAUUGAAAUCUUAAGGAGAGCCCCGCGCGCCCGCAUGGCACGGCUUAUAUACACCCUAGCGCAGCACAUCCACACCUGAUUUGUCGCUUACCCAUGAUCUCAUUAGGCAUGCCCCGGAGUGGGCAAAGACCUGGCACAAAGACACUCUUGCACAUGCGCACACAGUUAACUUCCUGAAAGGAAGUCGGCUGGCGCGGCGGAGGCCAGUGCCAUCUUGUAAUGGCGGAAGCUAUCCUGGCCUUCCACGUGGGGCACAGUGGAAGCCAGCGCCAUCUUGUGGUGGCGAAUGUUAAAGCGGCCCUCUACAGAAUGUUCCAUGACUUACUUUCUUGGAAGGUCUUCAUAGGACAGCUCAUACACUGAGGUAUGCAUAGGCAAUAACCAUGGGAGUGGAAUUCAUGACAAAAGAUAGGAAACUUUUCUUCCACAGUAGGCUUCGCCUUCAGGUAUGGGAACAAAAUAGCAGAUGCAAGGACUCUUUCCUGAUGGGAAGACCAGAGAGAGAAUUGCAGUUGUGUGUACACGAGCAUUUUAUAACAGCCUUGGGAACAUCAGGUGAUCACUAUCAAAGUCCUUAACAAGCUACAGAGUUUGGGGGGAUUCUGGUUUUGGUUUUUUGUGACACAAGGCCUUGUAUGGACCAGACUGGUCUGGAACUUGCUGUAUAGCCCAGGAUGACCUUGUUGACCCCCUGUGUCACCUCCCCAGUACUGAGAUUCCAAGAAUGUGCCACCAUAUCACAUUUGUACAGUAUGAGGAUCAAACCACGGGCUUUGUGCAUGCUAGGCAAGUACUUUACCAACUGAACGACCUCGCCAUUUCAGAGAAGGUUCUCCCAUGUAUAAACCAUGACUCCCUGAACUCAGACGGCAAGGAACACUCUUUGGAGAUGUGAACAUUCAUGGAACAGGGAAACCCGUACAUUCUUCCUAAACCUAAAACAGUAAGCAUUUCAUUCUGAGGAAAACUGCAGAAUUUUCUGUGUGGGGAAAAGGAUGAAUAUAGCAGGAGGGUGUGCUUGGAAAUGGCCCUGUACUGAGCUAGGAAGUCCUUGCAACUUGAGAGUAGGUGGGAAGGGCAUUCCCACAUCAGCUACCUCCUGCCUCUGUAGUACAGGUCUGUGCAGGAAACAUGAGUUCCAAAAAGGUGCAAGAGGAGGAGAGAAGAAAAAAAUCAUCUCUAUAAAUAUCUUCUGUGUCUAGGAGGGGAAAAACAGAACCUUGGGAAUGAAACUUGGAGAAGAAAUUUCAUCGGAUAUGUUUAGAAGAGGCCACAUGCUACCUAGGGACAGCAAGCCCCUUCAUGGCAGGAUUAUGACCCGGCCCCAUUGGCUUCCUGUUUCUGUAGCACUAUGACCCAGCUCCUGUGGUUACCUCUUUUCUAGACUGAAAACCAGACUGUCUUGUCCUUUGUCAGGUUCUUAUUCCUGACUUCGACAGGUAUGGUCAGGAUGGCAAACUCACAUCUCACAUUCUGAUGACUGGAGACCAGGCCCAUACCAGUGCAUCAGAGGACAGGGGCAGGGUACAGAGAAGGGAUUUCCCUGCUCCGUGGGCUGCAUAACCUCUACACACAGCCGUCACCAACAGGCAGUGGAACUAGUUCAUUUUCUUCUCACUAUAAUCAAUAACACAAAGAAGGAAAGGUUUAGUCAUGGUUCAAGGGCACGACUCAUCACUGUGGAAAAGUCAUGGCAGCCAGAGCCUCAGGCAGCUAGUCACAUUCAGUCAGGAGGCACAGAAAGAUGAACAUUGCUUCCACACUCCCUCCCCACUUCCCUCCUGUACAGUCUGGCACUCCAGCCCAUAGGAAGGUGCUACCACACAGAAGGGAGCAGUCUCUGCCUCAGUUCACCUAAUCUUGAAAACCCCUCAUAGAUUUUUGCAGAGAUGUGUUUCCACUGUGACCCUGAAUCCUACUGAGUGAAGAGGAACAACAGAGUUACCACGAUCCUCAUUUCCUUGGGGUGGGUGAAGGGAUCAUGACUAUGGUGUCAGGACCAUGGCUAUCUUGCCCUGGCAAACGGAAAAGAAAUAAGAGCAUAUUGAGAAAAGACAAAUCUGUGCAUUGGUAUCCAAAGGUCUCAGCAAAGCAGCAACCAGGAACAUUUGAAAAGAGGAGGGCAGCUGAGUCUCUAAAACACACUCGACCAGAGGUUGGAGAUGCUUUGUGAGGGGUUUUUAAAGAAAUCUUACCAGGCCUGUCUUAAACAGUUCUAUGGAAAGCUGUGUUAGCAAAAGUCAUUACUAUCCCCAUCCUAAGACAGAUGGGUGCUCUGAUGCAAUCCUCCAACAUCUGCAGCUGGAUGAGUGUGUAAGGACAGAGGGGGAAGUCUGGGAGCAAGGCUGCAGAGAUGCAGGGCCAGCCAUGCUAUCCUAGCAGCUCAGCAGAGAGCAGCAGCUCCUAGUUCUGUCCGGAGCUCUGUGGAUGAAGUUGGAAGAGGUGACCAGGGUUUCUCAGGCUCUCCAGGACUCAGAUUUGGAGGGGCAGUUAAUUCUUGAUUGCAAGGAGGUUGCCGUCACCCUCAAAGUCUAACAAGUUCUAAAAUGCUCUUGAAGACGAGAAAGGAAAGCUGAGUCCAGAACACAGGCUAAGUGGAUGCUAAUAACGUGUGUACCCCAGUGGUGACCACCUGGAAGUGCCAACAGACACACUAAAUGUCUGCAGAGAGAGAAGGACAAUCCUCCUCCUUGGAAAACCAUCGAUGUAGCCAUUAAUUCAUUUUAUCCGCUAUCUCAAGGCAUUUGUAUGUUUCCAUUCACUGGAUGAAACAGGUGCUCAGAAAAUGGCGAAGUUAGGGUCUGUGUUCCUCGUUCUUACCCCUCUGUCAUCAGAUCUGGAUGCCUGAGGGACGACUCAGAAAACCAUCACUUUAAUACUGAUGCCUUUUUACUCUUCAAAAAUUGUGACGGCAACAACAUUUGGGGGGGGGGCGGGAUGUGUGACGUGCAUACGUGUGUUCAUGUGUGCAAGGGUGCAUCCGUUCAGUGUUGGCUCAGUGGUUAACAGUUCUGGAUAUUUUUCCGGACAACACAGGUCCCAAUUCCAGGCACUCUCCUGACAGCUCACAACAUCCCAGGGCAUCCAAUGUCCUUUUUUGGCCACCAUGGUGCACCUACAUACAGUCAUGCAAAUUACACAUAAACAUAAAAUAAAAAAUGAAAUCUUAAAAAAAAUUAUAAAAAGUUGGCAAGUGAGGUACAGCUAGGAGCAAGGGGCCUAGCAAGGCACAACCAAUCAAGCUCAGAUGAUCCUCGACUUCUAUUAUCUUAAGGGGCCGAAUGAAUACAAAUUCAUUCUGGUCAAGGUCGUUUCCUGAGGGCAUCUAAGAGUAAAAGAUGAUUAAAGGGCUUCAAUCCAGAAAGUGGGGUAUUGGGUCUCAGUAUUCAUUAACCAUGAAGGAGUUACCAGCCACCAAUAAAGAAAAAGCAAGUUCCUUCUCAGAGCCUCGUGCUCUGCUCAGGUGCUGGAGAAUAAGGCCUGGGGUGGCCCCGUUUGCACCUAGUGUCUGUCUCUGUGGGUUCAGAGUCAUUAACCAGGGACAGAGCCCUGUCACAUAGACGCAUUCUCAGAAGCAACUUCACGGUGCCCUCAAGUGUGGGGCUCUCCUCCAAAGAAGGACGUGCGCUUUUUAUAUAUUGUUCUGCUCUAAAUAAACAAAUCAAGAACCCCAUGGAUUUUAUUAAGUACCCCUGUAUUAGUCAGUUAACUCACUGGAUUCAAAUAGUAGCUAAGAAUGCAGAACGCUCGCUGUGUCCUUAAAGAUUUCUAAAGGGCUGAAUUUUUUUUCUUAGCUAAAAUGUCGCUGCAGUAAAUGGAAAUAUACUUGGGCAUGUGGAAUUCAAAUGCACCAUAGCCGAAUUGUAGCACUCUCUGGAAGUUGACCAAUGACAAAGCGAGGGAAGCAUUUACAGCCUAAGCCUGCCAUCUAGUGGCUACAUCCUGUCAUAACUCCCUGGUUUCCAAUUUUUGCUUUGUUUUUUCUUUUACAUACGUCUCACGCUCCCUUACAAAGAUGAAAUUAUUCACAGGUCCUAGCACGUUUGUAUCCUUGGUUAUGGUUUAAGUAGUGAAAAAUCAUAUAAGAAGGAAUCAGAAUCCAUUAAAAAUAUACAAGCGACUGAUCCUUUGGAAGAUACGUCAAUGCAUUUUAAAACUUGAUCAACACCCAUUGUCUACUUUUAAAAUCCUAGCUAAAGCUGGAGGGCAUGUAAGUAUCAUGUUGUGGAAAAUAAUCCUACCUGCCUAUGCAUAUGGACUUAAGGGAGCUGAGGGGAAGGGAGUCUAGUAAUGGUGUUCAGUUCUUCUAGCUGGCCGCAAUAUUCCUGCUCCUGAACGUUCCACAUUAAAAGAAUACAACCAAUCUUUGUGGUUGAACGUGAAGGGUGUUCAAAAAGUCAGUCGUUUUAUUUUGUCUUUCUUUCAUGUCCCAAGUCGUCUGAGAUAACGGGGAGGGCCUCCUGGACAAGCCACAUUCCCUGGACCUACAGACCACGUGACAGGCCAAGGCAGCACCAGGGAAGCAAUUAUAGGCAAGUGGGAAGUAACCACAUCACACAGAUGGCUGGCAGAGUGAGAUGAAUAAGGGCUGGAAUUUUCCAGAAAGACACAGUGUGUGGGGGAGUCGGACUUACGUAAAAGUGGAGAGCUAUUACCAACGAGGAGAAUUUGACAUCCAGAGACCAUGAGGCCACCACUUAAACCAAAAGGGAGAGUUUGGGGGAGCACUUCAUGCUUUGAGAUUAGUGUUCUGGUAGGACUCUGUGACAUCGGCAACUCUGUUUCCUGUGGGCAGUCGUUUGUCCCAACAACCUCCUGGUACCCCUCUCUCCUUACCCCAUCCCUCCACUUAGAUAACAGGCAGGUCCCAGAACAGAUCACUGAGAGUUCACUUCUAAGAAGCGUCUCUGGCUUUCCUGCCUCUGUGGAUUUGACUAGAACUUUCAUCCAUCCACACUGCCUAAGGAAAUCUGUCAUUGCGUGGACAGAGAUCCAGUGACUGGGGUGAAGCUGCUAGGCCAAGAAGGGGGUCUGUUCAUUCAUCUCGUCCAUAGUCAGCAUUUUCACAUUCAGUGACAUAGCAGAGGAGGGACAGGCUUACUCAGCAUUUCAGAAAUAGACCUGAGAAUAGGAAUGUAGCUGCCUCAUUCUCAGCCGACUGCUCCCUCCAGUCCACCGCCUGCAUCCUGAGGGAGUAAAGGGAGGCGAGUUUCUCUCCUGUUCUAGAACUGCUGCAGUGGGUAAGGGCUUCUGGCCAAGCCCACAGCUGAGAGAUCAAUCCAGAAGCAGAUGAUGGCAGCCAGCUCUAACUGGAGCUCCAGAUUUGUGUAUUUCGGAGCAAGGUGCAUUCACUUAGUGCAAGCUCAACUCUCAGUAGGUAAGUAGAGGUACAUUAACACGGGCUUGGACUUCAAUCCCACUGAGGUCUACAUUAACACGGGCAUGGACUACAACCCCAUGGAGGAGAGCUACAUUAACACCGGCUUGGACUUAAACCCCACAGAGGCCUUUGUCUAACUUCUUUGAACCUUACUCUACAGUCCUAUAAUGCGGGAAUAGUAUCAAUGUCUGCUCUGUAAGUUUGUCGGAACGGUUAAACAGCACAGUAUUUACAAUGGCUCCUACCAUGCUGACUACUGACUGAACAAGUUCAACAAUAUUACAAUCAUCGUCUUAGUUGCUGUGUAGGUGAAUGGCCUUAACCAAGCUACUUACCCCGCAAGUCUCAAUGUGUCCACAACAGCAGUGAAAGCCCCUUCCCAAGCCAGUUUAAUAAGGCUGAAUUAAAGCACUAACACAUGAACCUCCAUUCGUGUUCCUAAGCAGCCUCUAAAUGACAGUAGCCGUUCAUGCCUGUUUGACAUCUUGUCCUUCCAAAAGGAGGGUCUGGAUUUGUCUGGCUGAGUGGUUUUCUUUCCAGUGGGGUUAAAUAAAGCAAAAUAAUAGAAACAUAUCUCAGUUCCCUCAAGAGGUAAAGGAGAUCACCAGCCCCAAUAAAUAAUAAAUGCUCUUUUUACAAAGGACACAAAUGCAGGGUUCCAACUGGGCAGCAUAGGCUUCCUGCUGCCGGACACAGGAAACAAACAAAGCCAACAGAAUACUCCGUAUUCACCACCUCAAACCAGAAGGUGCACCCUUUAGCAGUCUCUCGGUACAGUGGCGUGCUCAUGGGUUCUGCAAAGCCCCUCAAAGAGACAGGAGCAGAGAGCAGGACAUGAAACACAGAUAUUACGUGGGGAAGUGUCAACUAUGAACAGGAAAGGAGGUGCACAUCAAAAGUACUUUUAUGGCUCUUAUAAAGUGCACAGUUAGACCUAAGGGAUGCUAGAACCAAAGAUCACAUAGGAACAACAGACCUAGCUAACUCUGCUGUGUGCAUCUGCAUUCUGUUGCUGUAAAAAAAAAAGUCUCUGAUUUCAGGUGAUUACGAAAGAGGUGCACAUUCCUCAGCUGAAAAUUCUUUGUUUAGCUCUGUACCCCAUUUUUAAUAGGGUGAUUUGGCUCUCUAGAGUCUAACUUCAUGAGGUCUUUGUGUAUAUUGGAUAUUAGCCCUCUAUCAGAUGUUGGAUUGGUAAAGAUCUUUUCCAAUCUGUUGGUUGCUAUUUUGUUCUAAAGACAGUGUCCUUUGCCUUACAGAAGCCUUGCACUUUUAUGAGGUCCCAUUUGUCAAUUCUUAAUCUUAGAGCAUCAGCCAUUGGUGUUUUGUUCAGGAAGUUUUCUCCAUUGCCCGUGUGUUUGAGGCUCUUGCCCACCUUUUCUUCUAUCAGUUUGAGUGUAUCUGGUUUUAUAUGGAGGUCCUUGAUCCACUUGGACUUAAGCUUUGUGCAAGGUGAUAAGAAUGGGUCAAUUUGCAUUCUUCUACAUGCUGACCUCCAGUUGAACUAGCACCAUUUGUUGAACAUGCUAUCUUUUUUCUAUUGGAUGGUUUUAGCUUCUUUGUCAAAGAUCAAGUGACCAAAGGUGUGUGGGUUCAUUUCUAGGUCUUCAACUCUAUUCCACUGAUAAGUACCUAAAGAAAUGUUCAACAUCCUUAAUCACCAGAGAGAUGUAAGUCAAAACAACCCUGAAAUUCUACCUCACACCAAUCAGAAUGACUAAGAUCAAAACUUAGGUGACAACAGAUGCUGGCAAGGAUGUGGAAAAAGAGGAACAUUCCUACAUUGUUGGUGGGAUUGAAAGUUGGUACAACCACUCAGGAAAUCAGUCUGGAGGUUCCUCAGAAAAUUGGACCUGAGGAUCCAGCUAUACCACUCCUGGGCAUAUACCCAAAUGAUGCUCCAACAUACAGCAAAAGUACAUGCUCCACUAUGUUCAUAGCAACCUUAUUUAUAAUAGCCAGAAGCAGGAAAGAACUCAGAUGCCCUUCAACAGAGGAAUGGAUACAGAAAAUGUGGUACAUCUACACAAUGGAGUACUACUCAGUUAUCAAAAACAAUGACAUCAUGAAAUUCAUAGGCAAAUGGAUGGAACUAGAAAAUAUCACCCUGAGUGAGGUAACCCAAUCACAGAAAAACACACGUGGUAUCCACUCACUGAGAAGUGGAUAUUAGCCCAAAAGCUCGAAUCACCCAAGAUACAAUCCACAGACCACAUGAGGCUCAAGAAGAAGGAAGACCAAAGUGCAGAUGCAUCAGUCCUUCUUAAAAGGGGGAACAAAACAACAAUGCCAAGCAACCAGAGCUUCCAGGGACUAAGCCACUACCUAAAGACUAUACAUGGACUGACCCUGGACUCUGACCUCAUAGGUAGCAAUGAAUAUCCUAGUAAGAGCACCAGUGGAAGGGGAAGCCCUGGGUCCUGCUAAGACUGAACCCCCAGUAAACUAGAUUGUUGGGGGGAGGGCAGCAAUGGGGGGAGGAUGGGGAGGGGAACACCCAUAAGGAAGGGGAGGGGGGAGGGACAUGUUUGCCCGGAAACCGGGAAAGGGAAUAACACUCGAAAAGUAUAUAAGAAAUACUCAAGUUAAUAAAAAAAAGGGGGGGGAACAAAAAUAUUCAUAGGAGGGGAUAUGGAGACAAAGUUUGGAGCAGAGACUCUGACCAUUCAGAGUCUGUCCCACCUGGGGAUCCAGCCCAUACAUAUGCAACCACCAAAACUAGAUAAUAUUUAUGUAGCCAAGAAGUGCAUGCUGACAGGAGCCUGAUAUAACUGUCUCCUGAGAGGCUCUGCCAGAGCAUGACAAUUACAAAGCAGAAUGCUUGCAGCAAACCAUUGAACUGAGAAUGGGGUCCCCGUUGGAGGAUUAGAGAAAGGAUUGAAGGAGCUGAAGGGACUUGUAACCCCAUAAGAACAAUACAUACCAACCAACCAGUGCUCCCAGGGACUAAACCACUACCCAAAGACUAAACAUGGAACAGACCCAUGGCUCCAGCUGCAUAUGUAGCAGAGGAUGGCCUGGUUGGGCACCAAUGGGAGGAGAAGCCUUUGGUCCUGCCAAGGCUAAAACACUACCCCUUCCCCAGUGUAGGGGAAUAUCUGGGUAGGGAGGGAGGAAGUGGGGAUGGUUAAAGAAGAAGGAGAGGGUGUGGGAUAGGGGGCUUAUUGGUGGGAAACCGGGAAAGAGAAUAACAUUUGAAAUAUAAAUUAAAAAAUCCAAUAAAAGAAAGAAAGAAAGAAAGAAAGAAAGAAAGAAAGAAAGAAAGAAAGAAAGAAAGGAAGGAAGGAAGGAAGGAAGAAAGAAAGAAAGAGAGAAAGAAAGAGGUGAAACCUGCAAGACUCUCAGCCCUAGAGGCAACAGAGCAGAGCACAUCAUGUGACCACAUCUCCGGUCUCCUCCCCUCUUCUUAAAAAGCCACUAAUAAGGCAGCUGUGGUGAUAGAAUUCUGUGGCAGAGCUGCAAGUGUGAGGCCGCCUGGCCUACACAGGAAGACCUAUCUGGAACAAAAACACAAAUAAAAAGCUAGCACUAAUGUCACAACAGGAGCCCCACCUCAUGAUCUCAUCAAAUCCCAACUGUCUCCCAAAGCUCCACCUCCAAGUACGGUUAGGGUAUAUUUGGGGAUUACAGUUCCAGCACAGGAAUCUUGGGGAGAAGCAUUCAAACCAUGGCAGGUCCUCUCUUUGAUGGUAGGCAGAGGAGUGGCAGGUAUGAGGGAAAGCAUUGAUUUGGGACGUAUCACAGGGAAGAUACAGCAUUUCUUUUUCCUAGCAUUAACAUGAAUUUCAUGAAAUGCUAGGCUCCAGGGUGAGGUUUGCACCUUUGUACAAUGUGCUUCCACAACACUCAGCGUCCUUUCAUUUCUUCCCUCCCCAGUACCCCCUAAUAGGCUGCUUCUCUUUCAUACCCUUUUUUUUUAAACAUUUUAGAUUCUGUAAAUGAGAGAAAACGUGCUAUUUUCGUCUUCUGAGUCUGGUUUAUUUUGCUUAACAUUGUGAUUUCCAAUUGCACAUAUCUUCCAGCAAAUGACACAAUUUCAGUGUGUGUUCGUGUAUGUGUGUGUGUGUAUGUAUGUGUAUGUGUGUGCUCGUGCGUGUGUGUGUGUGCAUGUGUGUGCAUGUAUGCAUGUGCGUGUGGUGUGUGUGUAUGUGUGUGUGUGUACAGGCAUGUGUGUAAGCUCCUGUGAUAGUCAUUAUUUCAGAUCUGGGUCAUUUCCCUUAUGAUGCUUUAUGCCAUCCAUUUUUCUGAAAGUAAAACAUUUUGUCCAUCUUGAAGGCUGGCCCAAAUGUCCUUGUGUCUGUGCGUUGCUUUUUUGUUUAUUCACGUCUGGGAACAUAGACAGGAUCUAUAUCCUGGCUAUUGCCACGAUGAACAUGGACAUGUAGAUAGUCAUGAGGUGCGCUGACUUAGAUCUGAUCUGACAGACCCAGGAACUGCAGAUAGAUCACGUGGUAGCUCAUGUUAGAGCUUUGAGGCCUCCAUACUGAUUUCCAUAUUGGCCUUCCUCCUCUGCCUUUCCACCCUCGGGAGACAGGUCUAACGCUGGACAUUCUGGGGUGCUGAUAGCACUCAGGUUCAUCCAGAAGCAUCUUCCUCUCUGGUCAGCUUAUCGGCUGACACAUUCUGAAGCAUUGAUGUUACCUGUGGCUUGAAUUCCUUUAAUAGGUUGUUUAUGAUAAAUGCUAUAGUGGGUGGAAUUUUCCAGGAGCCUCUUCAGAAGCCAACUUCACCCUUUAUUCGGCCCUGUCAUUAAGAAAUCAACCAAAAGGCAAGAUUUAACUUACACCAUUUAUUCCUGCAUGUAGAAAUACAGACCUUACAUAAACUCUAGAGUUGACAGAGUGGAGGGCCAGUAGACUUUUUGUAGAAGAGAAGGUUGAAAAGGCUUCAGUUUUGUAGAUCAAAUCUUGCUUGUCAUAAGCACUGAGCUCUGCCCUUGCAGUGUGACAAUACCUACAGAGGGAUAUAGGUGAACAGGCAUGGAGACGCUACAGAAAACUUGUAUUUAACAAAACUGCACAAUAAAAUGGAUUUUUGCCCAAAAUCCUUGGCUUGCUAGCUCUCAGCUUAAGCCAUCCUUGGUUGUCAGCAUUUCAGAAAUAUUAGAGCCGUGCGCAUCAGUGUGGGACAUCACCUGAUGAAAGCAGGGCCCCUUCCUCUGUAAAUUCUGAAGUAACUACAUUAGUAUGGUAAUGUGUUGGGUACCAAUAGAUGAGGUGAGCAAAUACUAGAGUAAUAGAAACCACAUUUUCCAAGUAGUUUUUUGCUCUAUGACCAGCCUAAAGGAACCUGGGGAGACAAUGCUUAAUUAAGAAUGUUUAAGAAAUGUUCAGGGGUGGCGAGAUGGCUUGGGGAUAGAAGUGCAAGCCACACAAACCUGGUGACCUGAGAUCAAUACCUGUAACCCACUGUAGAAGGAGAGAACCAACUCACAAAGUUGUCCUCUGGUGGUCCACACUCACUGUGGCGCGUGUGAGCGCGCGCGCGCGCGCGUGCGCACACACACACACACACACACACACACACACACACACACGCUUUUUAAAAGAAAGCAAUGUCCAGAUAAUUCAGUAAUUCCAGCUGUGCUGUAUGUGCACGUGACAGUGGCACUUUAAAGAAGAAGAGCGAGAAUGAAGAAACAGACGAGCUCCGCCUAACUGAAGUCCUUUCUCUCACGGCUAGCUUAUCUACAGUCCUGGCUUUACAUGAAAGGUCCUCUCAGUCAUGGCACUGGCCGCCGUUAGGGCCACAGGCACAGCUGGAGCAACAUAUACCACGUGUUCUCAACCUCUGAGUCUUGACCCCUUGAAAUCAGAUAUCCUGCAAACCAGAUAUUUAUAUUAUGAUUCAAAAUGACUGUUAUGAAGUAGUGAUGACAAUAUGUGGUUAGGGGAGGUGGAGUUCACCACAACAUGAGGAUCUGUAUUAAAGGGUAGAAGUAUUAGGAAGGUUAAAAAAUCACUGGUGUACACCAAUAAUGUCAUAAAAGGUUUCUAUCUCUCCUCUCAGCUGUGUUCUCUGUGUUGAUGCCCUGUCCUUUGGAACUAAGAUGCUUACUGUUAGCACUUUAUACAUUUCCUUUGUAAUACACCAUGAAUUCACUGUACUAGGUGAGAGGUUUCAUCUACAUUUUCAAAAUGUAUAUCAUAUAUUUUGCUCAUAUUAACACUUCCAUCCAUGAACCUCCCUUGUCUCUCUGACCCUGCAUUGCUGCCAGUCUAAUUUCUCUUCCUGGUGUGUGUGUGUGUGUGUGUGUGUGUGUGUGUGUGUGUGUGUUUAUGUGUGUGUAAUGUGUGUGUAUGUGUAGUGUGUAUGGGCAAGUGUGUGUGUGUUUAUGUGUGUGUAAUGUGUGUGUAUGUGUAGUGUGUAUGAGCAAGUGUGUGUGUGUGUGUGUGUGUGUGUGUGUGUGUGUGUGUACGUGUCUAAUGGAAA